CACCCUUCAUCAAACACCAUGGCAGAGACAGCACCGGUUCCUGACUCCUUCAUAACCGUCAGGUCGACACUCCCUCGCCUCCCUCUCCCGCUCAUCUCGGAGCGUCCGUUGGUCAAGACAGAGAGGCUACUCAUCCGGCCCCUGGCUGCGUCCGAUCUAGAGGCCCUGCACGAGCUGCGCACCCAACCGGAAGUCAUGUUUUGGACCUCCGCCGGCAAGCCUGACAGCAGUCUAGACGAGGCCAAGGCCAAGCUAGACUACUUCCUCUCACCAGAAGGAAACAACAAAUCAUUCAACUUCGCCAUCUGCUUCAAGGAGGACCCAAGCAAGCUGAUCGGCAUCGGCGGCUGUCACAGCUGGAGCUCAAGCCUGGGAUGGCCCGAGCUAGGCUACAUGUUCAGGAAAGAGGUGUGGGGGCAGGGCAUCGCGACUGAGUUCUUGAAGGCUUGGUUGCCGCUAUGGAAGGCCUUGCCCAGGGAGGUGACGGAGGUGAAGUGUGACGAGAGGACGUUGAGGGGCGGGAAUGGGGUUUAUGAGAAUUCAGAAGAGAUGGUAGAAGAACGACUGAUGGCGUUGACGACGGAUGCAAAUGGGAAGAGCCAGAAUAUCCUGAAGAAAUGUGGGUUCGAACACGUCCUCACUUGGAAGGCGAGGGAACCGAGGCCUACUGAGGAUGGAACGGAAAUGGUUCUGGUUGAUAUGCCUUCUUUCAGGUACUUUCCUGGGAGGGGAUGAUGGGUUUAGCCUGAAGAGAGAGAAUAAAGAUGGAUGACUGAUGCCGCUCC